AUGGAUAAGACGAUUCGCCGCUGGCCGCCAUUUGGCCUAUUGUUAUCGUGGUCACUAUUAUUAGUAUUUACACCCUGUCAGAUUUAUGCAUAUGAUUUUAUUUUGCCGCGAAUAUUUGAUGAAACUCGUGAUUCCCUGGAGGAAUAUAAUGCCGACCAACUGUUUCCUAUUUUGCUCAAUUUUUCGCUGCUGCCCAGCGAUGCGUGGUCAUAUAGCAUACGCGAAGUAUGGAAUGAUGCACCGCAAUACACGGCCAGCAGUGCAUUGUGCGAGCCAUCAACCUGGCAAGAAGUAUUAACAUGGGAACACCGUAGCCGUUCGUUACGCCUGGAUGCCGGUAUACAAAGCCUGCUCUCAUCAUCGCGGCUAACUGUGAUAAUUGAAGCAAAAAGUGCUUCCUUUGUGUCACUUAUACCCAUCACAAUCCAUGGAGCAUUAAAAAAUUGGCAUGAAAACUCAUCCGUAACGGCCGAUUAUCCGCACAUUAUACAAAGUUACCAGAGCGGCCAGACCUGCUAUAAUCCCCUAAUAGCCGGCACCGCGGCGGGAGAGAUUGUCAAUCUAAAUCACUUAUUACCGGCUUUUGUCAGGGAUGCGGAAAAAACAACCAUUACACUGCCAUCAACAGCGUCAAUACAGAACGUUCUCGUAUAUCCUGAGAAAAAACUCUGCUUCUUGAAGCCACUGGAUAAAUACAACAGUUUAUAUGUGAAAUACAACACCGGUGGUCAGUCAUUGCCAGCUGUACAAACAGUCGAUAUCCUAUUUACCGCUAAGACCGAGCAGCAUGUCAUUACAAAGGAGGCCAAACAUAAACAGCGUAAACACCGCCGCCCGCGUGCCUCGUCCCACCAUUUCGGUUUUCCCGAGAGCUAUUAUACGGUGGACAUUCUGGAAGAACAGCCGUCACCGGUGGAUGUCAUUAAGAUGAAUACGACGAACAAUGCGCCGGCCGUCUUUCACAUGGUGGCACUGAUGGACUCACGGAGUCAGGCGCUGUUCACCAUUGACUCACAGUCCGGGUGGGUGCGCACCCAGGCGGUGCUGGAUCGCGAGACCAUCAGCCAGCAUCACUUCCGCAUCACCGCUGUCUCUCAGCCCGACCGCCUGUCGACCGGCACGGCCACACUGCAUGUGCGCGUCCGGGACGCCAACGACAACAUUCCCACCUUUGAGAAGAGUGACUAUGAUGUAAUGCUGUCGGAGAGUGCGCUUUCGGGUUCCGUGGUUGUGACCGUGCAUGCCGGUGACGGUGAUGAGGGCGAAAACGGUCGAGUGCUGUAUUCGCUCAUCAAUCCAAAGGGGCCAAAAAAUGAUGUGUUUCACAUUGAUUCGCACACUGGUGUAAUCACCACUCGAUUGCCUCUUGAUCGUGAGCACACGGAGGAGCACGUUCUUUACGUAAAGGCCGAGGAUGAAGGUCGCGGGCAAAAUAAGAAAAGCAGCAUUGCCAAAGUCGUGGUGAAAAUUUUGGAUGAAAACGACAACACACCCACGAUUACAUCCAACACAUCGUGUAACCUGGAUGUGCGGGAAGAUAUUGAUUGGAGUACAAUGCCGACCAUUGCGCAAGUGCACGCCGAAGACAAGGAUCAGGGAUUGAAUGGACAAGUCCGUUAUUCCAUUAUUGGAGGCAAUCCAAAUGGCCAGUUUAUUUUGGAUGCCGUGACGGGAGAUCUGAAAGUUGCGGCACAGUUGGAUUACGAAUCUGAGCGAAAAUAUCGAUUGCUCAUACGCACGCAGGAUCUGGGCAGUCCGCCUCGAAGCAACACAACAUUGUGCAAUAUAAACGUCAUCGAUAUGAACGACAAUGAGCCAAAGUUUUCCACUUCGCUGUACCAAACCAAUAUUGCUGAGGAUGCUCAUGUGGGAUAUCCGGUGGUCCAGUUACGCGCGUACGACAGCGACGAGGGACCAAAGGGGAAGAUUGUUUAUACUAUCAAAAAUCAAUCAACCAGCUUGGAGAUGAUGCCGUUUGUAAUUGAUCCGGAUUCUGGCUGGAUUAGCACUUCGACGCGAUUAGAUCGCGAGCGCAAGGACAAAUACGAGUUCAACGUGGAAGCCCGUGAUUUGGGCCAGCCAGCGCGCUCCUCCACGGCCUCCGUGGUCAUCAGCGUCCUGGACGUUAAUGACAACGGGCCCAUCUUCGAGCAGCGUGAGUACAAUGUGUCCAUUUCCGAAGGAGCGCUGCCGGGCACACAGAUCGUCACUGUGCGCGCCACCGAUCGGGAUUUAAAUGCCCGGCUGACAUACCAAAUCAGAGGCAACACCGAUGACAAUCGCUUCAGUAUCAUUAAUCAAAACGGCCUCGGUUUGAUACUAUUAGCCAAACCGAUCAACUACCGACGCGGCGCGCGUCUGGUGGAACUGCUCAUCCAAGUGGCAGAUGAGUCGGGAAAAAAUGAUCGGGCCAAAGUGACUGUCCACAUUCUGGCCGCUAAUCUCCAUCGACCCACUUUCUUAAAUGCUCCAUUUAGAAUUCAAAUCCCCGAAAAUAUACCCACGGGGACAACGGUUAUCGAGCUGAAGGCGAGCGAUGAUGAUGUGGGUGAUAAUGGGCGGAUAACGUACACGCUGGGACAGGACGCCGAUAUGGCCGAUAACUUCCACCUUCAUCCGGUGAGCGGUGUGCUGAGCGUGAAAAAAGCACUGGAUCGUGAGCGGCACAGCACGUACACCGUGCCGGUAAUCGCCACUGACCACGGAGCACCGCCGCUGUACGACACCACGGAUGUUCUGGUUGAACUAAUUGAUGCCAACGAUAACGCCCCAGUUUUUCUCCAGCCGGCCUAUUUUGUGGCUGUCAAGGAGGAUGUGAGUCCCCACACCAGCAUCACGCAACUCUCGGCUCAUGAUCCUGAUUUCGGGUUGAAUGGCCUUGUCACAUACACAUUUGAAGGUGGAUACAGUGCCAACGGGACUUUUUCCAUCGAUCCCGCGCUGGGCAUCGUGCGCACCACGAGAUGGCUGGAUAGGGAAACGCACAACACUUACGAGUUAAUCGCGUUGGCUGUUGACCGCGGACAACCCAGAGCACUAUCGUCUACUGUCCAGCUCACUGUCAAAGUGCUAGAUGUGAACGAUAAUGCACCGGCAUUUGCGGCGGAAAUACUGAAUUUCUAUGCGCCUGAGAAUUUAACGGUGGGAUCAACAAUCGCGGAGAUUUUGGCAUCAGAUCCGGAUGAAGGGCAAAAUUCCGUAAUUGAAUACGCUAUCGUCUCUGGACCAGAUGCCGAGAGUUUCGCUUUGGUCACGCGCCCCAACCAGCCACCCCUGCUGUCCAAUCUGAUUGAACUGGACGCCGAGGGGAAGAAGCAAUAUAAGCUGGUUAUUCGGGCUUCCUCGCCGCCGCUGCAAACCGACGUGACAGUGAAUAUUUUCGUCACAGAUAUCAAUGAUAAUGCACCGGUCUUAAAAGAUUUCCAUAUAAUUCUGAACAACUAUCCACGACAUUUCCCACAUGGCAUAAUUGGUCGUGUACCAUGUUUUGAUCGGGAUGCCACAGCCAAGCUAGAGUAUAAGAUUAUGACCGGAAAUAAGCAGAGCUUGUUGUCGAUCAAUCCGACCAAUGGUGACAUCCAACUAAGUGCCAGUCUCAAUUCGGACAUUGCAUAUUCUGCCAAGUUCACAAUUCAAGUAUCAGGGUCGCAGUGCGAGAUCGAUUUGAGAAAAACUGAAUGUUCGGAGGGUCUCUGUCGAAAUCCAUCGGUGUGUGCAACAAGUUCUUUAAGCGCCGCUGUCCAAUGCGUUGGUUGUCCUGACAAAUCCCACCAUACCGAUUUAUGCGAACUGACCACGCGGUCGUUCGCAUCCGCUCAAAAAUCAUACAUAGUAUUCCCUGGAGUAAAAUCCCGAAAUCGGUUUUCAGUUUCUCUCAGAUUUGCAACGACAAGCCAAAUGGGUCUACUGAUGUAUAACGGUCGCUAUACCGACAAUACCGACUACUUUGCAUUGGAAAUUCAUAAUGGCACUAUUCGGUUUUCGUUUUCCCUGGGAAACGAACGACAAACCUCCAGUGUUGCGGUUUUUGUUGCUGAUGGAGAAUGGCAUGACGUGGAAAUAAACUUUUUUAAUAAGUCAGCCAAGGUCAAAGCCGACGGAUGUGACGAAAUGCUCGCAUUUAAAUACGGGAAUGUACUGGAUUAUCAUUGUGCCAGCACCACGACCCAAAUUCUCGACCCACAUUGCAAUAAUCCCGGGGCCUUAUGUAACCGCUUCAUGGACUUGACCGGACCGCUGUAUGUGGGUGGUUUGUCUGACGAGGUCAUCGAUACUCGGGUACCUUGGCGCCACUUCGAUGGAUGCAUACAUGAUCUACGUAUCGACGAAAAACGAAUGGAUUUUAAUGAUUUCCUAUUAGAACAUGCCACUAGCAUAGGAUGCCGACCGAAAUCCAGCGGAUGUGACGGUUCUCCAUGCCGGAAUGGUGGAACGUGCAGGAAUACAUGGAACGGAUACAAAUGCCAGUGUGCGCCUGGGUUCAGCGGCAAUGACUGUAGUAAAAUCGAUACGAACGAUUCUUACCAUUUCGACGGGAAAGGCUAUUUGAUAUUCCAUCCUCCCCUCAACAAUGACACACAACUGGGUAUCCACCUGCAAUUCCGCACCGACAAAGACAGCGGAACCCUGCUCAUCGUAAAGAUCAGCGAAGCAGUAUUGUAUUCCCUGGAAAUACUGCGCAAGGGUCUGGUUCUGCGGGGCAGUGUGACGGAGCGUCACGAAAGUGCCCUGCUCAUUGCCGAUGGUCAAUGGCACAGUCUGCGUUUAUUUAUGGAACAUCAUAAUCUUUUUGUGGAGAUUGACGGAAAAAACGAAUUCCAGUCGAAACUACCAGCUUCUCACAAUCUCGCCACGACUAUCCUAUUGGGAGGUCACAAAGAUCUGAAAAACAACGGGUUUUCCGGUUGCAUACAGAAUAUUAAUUUUUCCGGAAAACGGAUUCUUCCCACCCAUCGAUCAAGUGUGCGUAAUGGUUGCGGUUUCGAAGAGCGCUGUGACAGCGUUGUCUGUCCCCAUGAAAAUUCCGAAUGUGAGGAAACUAUAAAUGGUCCAAAAUGUGAGUGUAAUGCGGGGUAUAUUGGUAAAGAAUGCCGCGAUAUUUGUUCGUUGGAUCCGUGCGUCAAUGGGAUCUGCAUCCAUUCCGACGAAGAUGUGCAUGGAUACCGGUGCCGGUGUUUUGCCAAUUAUACAGGUCGCUACUGUGAAGAAAAAGUGGCAGAAAGUUGUCCGGCCGCCUGGUGGGUUCCAGUUUGUGGUCCUUGUAAUUGCGACACGUCCAAGGGGUUGGAUCCGCGAUGCGACAAACAGACCGGAGCUUGUGUGUGCAAAGAAAAUUAUUAUAAGCCACUUGGCUCAGACAGCUGCAAAGAAUGUAAUUGUUAUUCUCGUGGCUCAUUGACCAACGACUGCGACAGUUCCGGGCAAUGCCACUGCCAGAACGGCGUAAUUGGGCUGAAAUGCGAUACCUGUUCCAGUCCGUAUGCGGAAGUGACAUCCGACGGUUGUGUAGCGGUGUACGGAGCGUGUCCUCAAUCUUUCGCCGAGGGUAUCUGGUGGGACCGUACACCCUACGGAUCUCUUGCCCUGGAUCAGUGCCCUCGAAAUGCACUGGGCACGGCUACCCGGAUAUGCGACGCCUCCAGUAAGGCAUGGCUAGACCCCAUUCUGAUGAACUGCACCGGUUUGGCCUUUGACAUACCGGCCCAGCUUCUGGACGAAGUUCGUAGCAACAUGAUGAACCUUAACACGUUUAUGGUAGUGCGAAUUGUGGGCGAAUUGCGCACGGCACUGAACACUACGCCGCCGGAAGAUCUUUUUCCCAACGAUAUGAAAAUUGCCGGUGACCUUUUGCGUAUCGUCUUGGAAUAUGAGGGCCGGCAGUACGGCAUGAACCUGACGCAUCGUUUGGAUAAGAACUAUUUGUCGGAGUUGCUCGAAAGUGUCAGUCUCGUGCUGACGCAACGGAACGGGAAGGUCAACGUCAAUGAGACCAGUGCGUUGCUCCACUUAUUCCACGCUUACGCUAAGACCGUCGCCAAAUUCCACAAGGAGACCUAUGCUGACCCAUUUGAGAUUGUCACCAAAUACAUGAAAAUUGGCAUCCUGACCGGAUUAAUGCAGGAUGACAGUAUGAUGGUGCAAUUUCCGGCUGCGAUCCACGGUUACCCAAUAACCACACAGGCAAAAACCAGUGUGACAACAGAUGAUACAAUAUACUAUGUUGAGUAUUCCGAUGUUCCGGAGAUCUUAUCUAGCAACCAGAAAACGAGGCAUCAACAGAAUACCAAGACAUGGCUACCGGUUUCGAAAGGGUUCACUUUCGGUGAAAUUGUGGAAAAAGAUGCGGUAAUCGCUACGCCAGCACUGUACCAGUUUGCCGUGGUCAAACGGCGUUAUAUGGGACCAAUGCAGUGUAUGCACUGGGAUUUCGUGCAUUUGAGAUGGUCAUCGGAUGGCUGCUCCACCGGGCCGGCCAAUGCCACACAUAUUCAUUGCUCAUGCUUAUCAGAAUUGCUCGUGGCCGUGAUGACCGAGAGCAAUAUGUUGACCAAUCCUUUCCGUCGGGAUCUGACAGUCUUUCUUUUUAAUAUCAUCGUUUUCAUCUUUGCUAUUGUCCUGAAUUUUCUGGCGCUCAUGCUGCUAUGCGCGACUCGAUCACAUUCAGAUCUGAUUGGAAUUUUCCAGAAUAUCAUCUUCGUAACCAUUGCGACGGAUGUGGUUUUUAUCAUGGCGGCAGAUAUUGUUUGGGGCGUCUUUUUAUGCAAAAUUGUGGCGGUGUUAUUGCAUUACUUUUUCUUGUCAAAAAUGUUCUGGUGCUUUACUUAUGCCAUCCAUGUCUAUCGAAUUAUUCCCAAGGAUAUCCAACAACAGAAAGGACUAAUUCGCCUAUACUGCAUUUUGGGUUAUGCUGUUCCGGCGGCCAUUCUGGGAUUUUCUGUGGGAUUUCGCCCGGAUUGCUACGGAGCCGACAACUUCUGCUGGAUCACAUCGGAUUACCAUCUGUUACUAACGUUGGCUGUUCCCGCCAUGGCUUGCGGUGUGAUGACCUUAUGUCUACUGACAGCAUGUCAGUGUCGGAUGUUUAUGAAAAAGAACAGUGCAUCUCCAGUGCAAAACCAAAAGGAAAUUCGACGGAAUUUGUGCGUCGGCGCAGCAUUGUGUGUCAUAUUCACAACGGUUCUGGUCGUCAUUACGGUCGCCGUGAUUAUCUACCACCCAUUAUUAGGAUACCUUUUUCCGUUACUAGUCCUAGGAGAGAGUGUAUUCAUCAUUGGAUAUUUGUGCUUCAAAACAUCCGAGGUUGCUGCACUUGUCGAUGAGAAGUUCGUGUGGUUUAUGCGCCGCAACUUGGAUUCCUUGACAUCCAAAGGGAAACUCAGCAGUAAAAUGAAUAAUGUUGUGUGCGAGACAUACCGCAAUCCGGGCAUUACGAUAAGCGAUUCCACAACGUAUCACCGCACGCCGCGCCCCGACAAGGACAUCUCCUGCACUUUCGAUCCCACAUUGCCAAGUGGAUCAAAUUCUACGCUGGGGCAUAGCAAUCAAACAUUAUUACAUGGAGAAUGUCCCAGUGACAAUAAUCAGCUACAAAAAUAUACCGGCUCCCAGAAAGGAAGCGAUGGAACAAACGAGGAAACCGUAUCAGUACACAGCAGUACCACGAGUUAUCCUCCGGAAAAAUCUCCCCAUAUUGGCCUGCAUCUGGCAAGCAAAGAUAUCGACGAGUCCUACACGGCCUUCCGUGACGGACAUGCCGCGAUGCCCAACUUCUACCGUCCUCACAGUAGCGCUACGACCUUUGGCGUACCGCCGCCGCCCUCCCCGUGGGGCAGUCUGCCGCAGGCAGGUCGGACCGUUCAGAAGAGUCCAACGUGUUUUUCUAAUCCUGUUAAUGAUCUGCAAGUGACCAAACCCUUUUCUACAUUUGCCACUUUUCGCCCGUCAUCCAAAAACGGUGCACACUGUGCUGAUGCUCUGCAUAACGGGAAAACUGUGGCACGGGCCGAUCUGGAUGAUACCGGUAGUAUAAAGAGUGAGACGACGCCAAUUCCGCCACCGGAACCGUUUCGUACAGCUAACAAUGGAUCACUACUGCGAAGGAAGACAAAUUUACCUGACGUAAUCAGUUGCGAGAGCGGAACUGCGGUAUAGUCAUUGUCCUUGUGAUGCAAAUCUUAAGUAUACUCCGAAUUCAAGUAAUGGACCUUUGCCACUGACCACUGCCUCUUUUUAACGAUAUGUUGAACGAUUUUCUAAUUUUGUUUAUGCGGUUGUAGAUACUUAUCUUGGUGUAAACUGUAAAGUUUAAAAUUAAAAAUCACUGCAACUUUUUAGCGUGACUGCUGUUUUGUUACCGGUAACUUUUACGAAAACGGCGAUAUACAGUACACAAACCAAGGAAAACAAAAGAUCUAUUACCUAUCUUAAGUCGCACACUUGCGUACCCACCCAUCUAAAUACACAGCACAAAAUUAUCUAAUACCGUUAACAUUAAAGGAGAAAAAUAAUAAUGUCUAUCUAAAAACGAGUUCAAAACAAAACUAAAUCAUGUCUAAGACAAAUAAAAUCACGUAAUAACAUCUAU